AAUAUUUCAGAACAUUUUUUAAAAAUAUUUUUGCUUUUAUUCAAGUACAAUUUCUGUUUGUAUAUUUUUUACUGACUCGCUAUUUAAAUGUUUCCGUGGCUUUACAGUUUUAAUGUUUCAGCCUGGGAAGCGGUUAUUUUACCGCCUCAAAUAUUACAGCAUACACUCAAAAUCCCACAAUAUGGUGAAUUAUGCGCAGUAUGAAAAUGGGAACAAAAAAUAUCCACAAUGCAAUGGGUUAACAGUGAUACACUGUAACAAGGGAACACUGUACUUUUUUAGAAAUAAAACCUCUAUCGUUUUUAAUGAAUACUUGGGCCUAAGGUAUACCGUAUUUCAAUGUUGGUCACCAUGGUGGUACUUGUCUUUUUUUUAAGUGGUAGUACUUCUAAAAAGUUUGAGAGCUUUUUGGAAAAAGGAUGGAUAAAUUUAAUCGUUUUCCAAAAUCAAUAAUCAAUCCCAAGUUGAACCGACGCUCACAUGCACGCGCGCGCACGACCUCACACGUCACUCAUCCGGCAUGCCGAAGCAGGCGUGUGACGCCAUCCUCCCUGACCAAUCGGCGGCCGGUGUUUUGCGGGGAGGGGCGGGGCAUUAACCAGCGCAAUUAAACAGCGGGGAGCGCAAAUUGAAAUCGCAAAAACGUCUGUAGACCGGAGGAAAGUGGAGCCGCUUCGUGUAGGGGACCUCGGUGGAAGUUGCAAGCGGCUCGGGGUGGAAUGCGUCUGCGUCCGGCUACCUUGAAGCCUCCGGGACUCCUACCGAAGCGUCCCGGCUUCCCCUGAAGCCCCGGGGUUCCGUGGCCCCUCCGCCGCCGCCGCCGCCGCGCAAAGUGCUUGUCGUCCGGCGUCGGUCGUUCCUAUGAGUGCGGCGUCCAGUCCGCCCUUCGUGGUGAUGCAGCGGCCACUCGGAAGCAGCUCCGCCUUCAGCAUCGACUCUCUAAUCGGGGGGCCUCCGCAGCCCAGCCCGGGACACUUCGUGUACGCGGGCUACCCCAUGUUCAUGCCCUACCGCUCGGUGAUGCUGCAGCCGCCGCCGCCUCCGCCGCCGCCGCCGCCGCCGCCGACCGGACACCCCUCGCACCCGCAUACGCACGCACACAUCCCCGCGCUGCAGGGCGGCUUCUGCUCCAGCCUGGCUCUCACCUCCACGCUCAUGGCCUCGCUGCCCGGAGGUUUCUCGCCGAGCCAGCAGCACCAGGACGCCGGGCGGAAGCACGCCGAGGACGCCAAGAGUUUGGGGCCGGUGGCGGCUAAAGAAGACGCGGAGACGUCGGUGCCAGCGGCCACAGCGCGAGGCCUGCACGCGAGUCCGGACGAGUCCAAAGAGGACGACUGCACGCGCAGAGACGAGAGCUUCUCCAUGGACAGCGACGCGGACUACAGCUCGGACGACAACAUGAUGAGCUCCGCGGCGGCCGGGCUGGAGGACGGCCUGCACCUCCACGCUUCGUCCGGUUCGGGCGCACCGGGAGGCGCGGGCGGGGGCGGCGGCGGCGGCGGGGGUAAGAACCGGAGGCGGCGGACCGCGUUCACCAGCGAGCAGCUCCUGGAGCUGGAGAAGGAGUUCCACUGCAAAAAGUACCUGUCGCUCACCGAGCGCUCCCAGAUCGCGCAUGCGCUCAAGCUGAGCGAGGUGCAGGUCAAGAUCUGGUUCCAGAACCGGCGCGCCAAGUGGAAACGGGUCAAAGCCGGCAACGUCAACAACAAGUCCGGGGAGCCGUCCCGGAACCCCAAGAUCGUGGUUCCGAUCCCGGUGCACGUGAGCCGCUUCGCAAUAAGAAGUCAGCACCAGCAACUGGAGCAGAGCCGACCCUAGGACCCGAAAGAACCGAACCGGGACAGCUGACGAGAACUGGCCUCUCUUCAGUGCAAACUUUACGUUUGAGACACUCGUUUAAUUCGCUUAAAAAAAGCAAAAAAAAAAAAAGCAGGCCAAAGUUUAAAACUCAAAAUGUAAAUGCUUUUUUUUUUUUUUUUUUUUUUAAAUAAGUGCAAUGGGAUCAAAAUUAAUUAGUCAAAGGACAAUAAUGUUCUCAUUUAAAGUGACAAUGCUUGAAUGAAAAAAAAUAUCCGAACAUCAAACGAGGAUGAUGAUGACGACGACGACGACGAUGAUGAUGAAGACACUUUAGAGUACCGAAAUCGGACCGAGGACGGAACGAACUGAUUUUUUUCAACGGUUUCUUUUCUUCUCUUUUGAUUUUCCCAAAGACGCUGCUAGUUUAUUUAAAUCCAAGUGUGAUCAGUGACUUCCA